CGAGGUGUUUCACCCACACGUGUGUUUGUUGGAGUUUCAGAACACAGAUAGAUCAUGACGUCGUUGGCCCACCAGCUGAAGCGUCUGGCUCUGCCUCAGACCGACCCCAACCUGCUGACCCGUAAAGAGGUCGCCUCGCUGCUCUUCGACCCCAAAGAUGCCGCCUCCAUGGACCGCAGCACCUUCUACGCCCUGGGCUGCACAGGGCUGGAGGAGCUGCUGGGAAUCGAGCCGGCGUUCCAGGAGUUCCAGGAGAGUCUGUUCAGCCGCGCCUCGCUGACGCUGGAGCGCAGCGUCCAGAGCAGGGAGGUCAACGAGAGGCUGGACGCCGCCGUCGCCCUGUUCCUCGCCCGCCUCUGCCCCUACUUCCUGCUGAAGCCGGCGCACAAGUGCAUCGAGUGGCUCGUCCACCGGUUCCACAUCCAGCGCUACAGCCCAGACACCCUGCUGGGCUGCGCGCUGCCCUACCACGACACCACGGUGUUCGUCAGAGUCCUGCAGCUGCUCCACCUUCGGGAGAGCAGCUCCCGCUGGAGCUGGCUGCUCCCCCUGCAGAAAGCUGGCGUCCCUCUCUCCAGAGGAGCUCUGGUCUCUCACUGCUGCUCCGACCUCAGCUUCAUGGACUUCAUCUGCAGCCUCGUCACCAAAUCCAUCCAGGCGUACUCCGGAGUAACAGGAAGUAGCUCCCAGCUCCGGGUGGUGUUCUCCUUCUACGCCUCCUCCCUGGUCUCCUCUCUGGAGUCUGCAGAGAAGCUCUCUGACGCCGUCAUCGGCAAGCUGCUGCCCUUCAUCCACAAGGGUCUGUCCUCCCCCCUCCCAGACUACACGGCCUCCUCCUACAUGCUGGUGUGCCAGCUGGCGGUGAAGGAGGUGCUGGAGGGGCGUCUGGUGGAGGCUUUGUGCUCCUCCGUCUGCAGGUCUCUUCUCCGGGACCAGCGGCUCCUGAAGGAGGGACUGGGCUGCCUCACGGUGCUGCUGCAGAGCCAGGGGGCGUGCCCUGGCAACAAGGCGCUUGGGGUCCUGGUCUCCGUGCCGCUGCUGGUCUCCUCUCUGCAGGAGAUGUGUGUGUCUCACGACGUCAGCCCUCUGCUCAAACACCUGAUGCCUCACCUGCUGCACCAGCUGCUCACCUGCAGCCCAGGUGAGUCUCAGACGGAGCUCUCUGUGUUGGAGUCGGUCCUGCAGAACCUCCCUCUGACCCACGGCCUGGACCAAACCGUGGCUCGGCUGCUGCUGGACGAGUACCUGAGUCAGAGUGACGUCUCUGCAGAGCAUCUGUCCUCGAGGGACCGCACGCUGCAGCCUCUGAUCCGCCUGUUCGAGUCCCGGUACUGUGGGGCUCUGGACGAUGUGCUGGCGGGGCAUGUGACCGGCGUCGGCAGCAGCGAUCAGAAGCGUCUCUUUCACCGCUUCUUGUCUCUGUCCAUGAGCAGCGGGAAGCACCAGAUCGUGGGUGACUCGGACACCUCUCUGCUGCUCAGCCUCAAACACCCUCAGUGUGUACUCCGAGUCUCCGCCCUGACUCACCUGAAGGACGCUCUCACCUGUGGACAGCAGAGCCUAGACGCAGCGUUCCUCCGAGACGCUGUGGUGGAGCGUCUGCAGGACGACGAGCCUGCGGUCGCCGCCGCAGCCAUCGCAGUCUUGGAGCUGCUGCUGGACGUGUUGGAUCCCGAGGACGUGGUGAGCAGUCUACUGUCGCUGCUGCUCAGAGGACGUCUGUCCCACGCUGACACCUGGCUGCCGGUCCUGAAGGAGGCGGUGCGUUUACUGUCCGACCCGCGGCUGGGAAAGGGGGACGCUGAGCGGCUGCAGAGAGCGGGCUGGAGGCUCCUCCCCCUCAUCGUGCUCUCCUCCCCCGCUGACCUCCCCCUCUCCUCCUGCCUCACCUGCUCCCCCCUCCUCAAGAAUCACCCCCUCACCCUCACCUGGGAGCAAGAGCUGGAGGCGCUGAUGAAGACGAGUUCUGAUCCGGACUUCCUGGUUUCAGUUAACGAGCGUUUCAUCUCCACGGUGACCAGAAACAUCUCCGGCAUGGAGAAGUUCUGCAGACGAGACGCUCUGGAGAAGCUGUCUGCGCUAGUGGAGAAGCAGAAGGGCCCCUCCCUCGGGGCCCGGACCUCCUUCCUGGUUCUGACCCGGGUGCUGCUGCUGGUCCUGGGGGAGCAGAGCGAGACGCAGCACCUCCUCACCGCUCAGAGGGUUUUCCUGCUACUGGAGCGCCCCCUGCUGGAGGUCUGCAGCGACGACAACACAUCCUCCUCCGUAGAGACCCAGAAAGGGUACUCCUUCUCCACGGCGCUCUCUCACUUCCUGCUCGAUCAGCAGGCGUUCAGGAGCGUCCUCGUCGCUCUGCUCAGAGACUUCAUCUCCAACCUGCGCUGCCCCGACGAAGCAUUCAAAGCGGAGGUGUGGUGGAACCCGGAGAAGCUGGACACCAACACCUGCUGCUACCUGAGCCUGACGCUGCGUCUCUUCAGCCUGCUCAUCAGCGGGGCCUCUGAGGGCCCUAGCGCUGCCGCCUUCAGGGACCUGAUGAAGCUGCUCAUCCAGGUGCACUUCCCCUCCCCGCUGCUGCUGUUCCGCUUCCUGUCCCUUCUGUGGGGUUACGGCGGUAACCAUGGAGACCAGCUGGACAUACAGGUAGGCGCCGUGCUACAGACCCGGGCGCUGUACCUGGGGGCGGCGCUGCUGACCAAUCAGAGCGACGCCACGCUGCAGGAGCUCAGCUCUGCACGAUCCCCUGUGUUCCCCUCUCUGCUCUGCUGUCUGUCCUCCCCGGUGAGGGAGGUGAGGAGGGCGGGGCUUAGCGCGCUGCAGAGCCUAUCAGCAGUCAGCACCUCUCCUUUCCAGCCAAUCACAGAGAAGCUCCUGAAGACCUCCGAGGAGAUCAUCGCUGACCCCGCCUACCUGAGCCAGGCUCUGGGCUUCCUCCAGGGUCAGAGUGCGUCUCCUCUGCAGACUCUCCUGCAGAGCGUCCAGACGUCCUGCUGUCCGUCCUACAGCGCCUCCUGUCUGCUGAGGAACCUGAGACACGUCCACGGAUCGUCGGUGCUGUCCGGCCUGCUCCCGGUCCUGGAGCGUCUCCUGGAGCAGAGCGGUCCGGGUGCCCCCCCCCUGCUGCGGGACGAGGCACAGCUGGUGCUGCUGGUCCUGGGGAAGUUCAGCGAGGAGUCGGCGUCCCUGCUGGACCAGGACCAGAGCAGCCUGGAUCUGUUCAUCAGAGCCCUGAAGACCCCCACCCAGCUGCACCCAGACCUGCCCAGCUGCCAGACCGCCGCCCUGGAGCAGAUGACGAAGCCCUUCUUCUCCUCUCUCGGGGAGGGAGUGCAGCAGCGUCUGUUGACCGUGAUAUUUGGCGUCCUGACAGACAGUCGCAGCCCCCUGGUGGCCAGCACCGUCAGCAGCGUCUUCAAGCGGAUCGCGGUGGACGGUCAGCAGUUAGCCAAUGAGCUCGCUCCGCCAGAGAAACCCAAAGUGAAGGUGACGGUGCAGCAGACCCGCCGCAGCAGGAUGAGCCAGAGGAAGCCUGUGGAGGCCCCCGGGGGCUCGGAGGCUCCAGAGGAGGGCGCUGUCUGCUGGAGGAGAGUGUCUCUGGUCCUGGAGCUGCUGCAGCACAAGAAGAAGCUGAAGAGAGCGCAGAGCCUCGUCCCGGUCCUCUUCUCUCUGCUCCACAGGAGUCUGGAGCCUGGUCCCUCUGAUGACACCAACAUGGAGUACAUCAAGCAGCUGCUGCUCAGCUGUCUGCUCAACAUCGUGCAGAAACUGACGCCUGAAGGAGGCGCCGCCGUCACAGAGCUCCUGGAGGAGGAGAAGUUCAGCGUGGAGCUGGUGGUUCAGUGUAUCCGAGCCUCCGACGUUCCUCAAACGCAUCACCACGCUCUGCUGCUGCUGGGGGCCGCUGCCGCCAUCUACCCCGACAAGGUGCUGCACAACAUCAUGCCCAUCUUCACCUUCAUGGGGGCCAACAUCCUGCGGCUGGACGACGCCUACAGCUUCAGAGUCAUCGAGCAGACGCUCACCAUGGUCAUCCCCGCACUCAUCCAGGCCCACCAGCUCUCUGAGGGCGGCUCCUCCCCCUCCCUGGUUGCCGCGGUGACGAGGAUAGUGCACGUGUUCGUGGACGCUCUGCCUCACGUGCCCGAGCACCGCCGGCUGCCCGUCCUCCAUCAGCUGGUGCAGACGCUGAGCCCCGCCCCCUUCCUCUGGAUCCUCAUGCUGCUCCUCUUCAAGAUCCACGCCACCUCCACCGCCGCCAGCGAGAAGGAGGCCGCUCUGGAGAAGGACGUGGACUUCUGGAUCUCUCUGUGCUGUCAGUUCGAUGUUGGGGAUCAGCUGACGUCGCUCAUCAACAUCCUGGACUUCCUGCUGCAGCUCCCCGAGGACAAAGACGAUGCUGCAGUGAAGCGCUCUGCAGGGCGGAGGGGAGCGACGAAGAAGGCUGAAGAGAAGGAGGUCCAGGAGCUUAUUUUCAGCGUGGAGACUCAAAGCAGCAAGGAGCUGAGACACUUCAAGUUCCUCUGCGUCUCCUUCAUGGCUCAGCUGCUCAACUCCAACGCCUUCAUCGCCAAGGUUGCAGACGGAGGAGAAGCAGAGGACGAGUCUCUGCAGCCGCUGCAGCAGAAGCUGCUGGAGGACAUCCUGCGCUACGUGCACAGCGUCGCUCACUGCGUCGAGAAGAACGCAGACAAACCCACCGCCAAGUUCUGGAGGGUCCUUCUCAACAAGGCCUACGACGUGCUGGAUAAAGUGAACUCUCUGCUGCCGGCGGAUACGUUCAUCGCGGUGAUGAGGGGGCUGAUGAGUAACCGUCUGCCGUCCGUCAGGAGGAAGGCCAUGGAGCUGCUGAACAACAAACUGCAGCACCGCGCGCAGUGGGACGAGCAGCAGGUCAACCUGCUGCUGCAGCUGAUCGACGAUCUGCUGUGCAUUGUGGGUAAAAGCCCCGUGGUGCAGCAGCAGAGGGAGGAGGUGCAGCAGCAGGAACAGCCUGAGCAGGAGCAGGCCAUCAACCGUCAGACGGCGCUGUUCAGCCUGAAGCUGCUGUGCCGCAGCUUCGGCUCAGGCCACCAGGAGGCGUUCUCCCCGGUCCUGCAGAGAGCCGUGGCGCUGGUGGAGGAACCGGCGGAGGAGAAGAACGUGACGGGCAGCGCCAUGCUGCUCAUCGCCGAGGCUGUCAGCACGCUGAAGACCCUCGCCAUCCCUCAGCUGCCACGCUUGAUGCCGGCGGUGCUCCUCGCUCUCUCAGACAGGAAGCAGCUGCUGACCAAUGAGAUCCUCCUGCUGAGCGCUGUCACCGCCCUGCAGCGAAUCACAGAGACGCUGCCGCACUUCAUCAGCCCCUACCUGCAGGACACCACCACACAGGUGUGUCGUCUGACUCGUCUUGUGGAGUCCUCCUCUUCCUCCUCCUCUUCCUCCUGUUCUUCCUCCUCGGCUGGCGCUCAGCUCUCCUCCCGCCUCUCCUCACUCCGGACGACCCUCUCCACCAAACUGCCCCCACGAGUGCUGCUGCCCACCCUCACCAGGUGCUACAGCAGCAUGGUGACCGACAGACAGGGCCAGCUGGGGGCGCUGCUGAGCGUCCUGCAGGAGCACAUUGCUCACAUGGAGCAGGAACAGCUGAGCCUCCACCAAUCAGAGCUCACUUCCUUCUUCCUGUCCGCCCUCGACUUCAGAGCGCAGCACUGCCGGGGUGACCUCCAGAAGACGUCAGAGGUCGAGGGUCGGGUGAUCGACUGUCUGGUGGCGAUGGUGCUGAAGCUGUCGGAGGUCACCUUCAGACCGCUCUUCUUCAAGCUGCUGGACUGGAGUAAAACAGGAAGUAAGGAGCGUCUGCUGACGUUCUUCCGGCUGUCAGACGUUCUGGCGGAGAAACUCAAGGGUCUGUUCGUUCUGUUCGCCGGAAAUCUGGUGAAGCCCGUCUCUGACCUGCUGACCCUCACCAACUGCUCCAAGACCAGUGAGCCCCUGUUUACGUCCCUCAGCGAGCAGAAGGUGUGUGUGCUGCUUCACUUCCUGUUGGACUGUCUCUAUAAGAUCUGUCUCUACGACACCCAGAGGUUCCUGAGCAGAGAGAGAGCCGACACACUGCUGCAGCCCCUGCUGGACCAGCUGGAGAACGGUGUGGGGGGGCAGGAGGCGUCGCGGCUCCGGCUGACCCAGAGCCUGGUUCCCUGUGUGGGUCAGUUCUCUGUGGCGCUGGCUGACGACUCUCUGUGGAAAACUCUCAACUAUCAGAUCCUGCUGAAGACCAGACACACACUGCCUGAGGUGCGUUUCUCCUCUCUGCUGGUUCUGAUGGAGUUGGCCUUGAAGCUGAAGGAGAACUACGUCUCUCUGCUGCCGGAAACCAUCCCCUUCCUGGCUGAACUCAUGGAAGAUGAGUGUGAGGAGGUGGAGCAGCAGGUGCAGAAAGUCAUCCAGGAGAUGGAAAACAUCCUGGGAGAACCUCUGCAGAGCUACUUCUAAAACACACGCACACACAUGCACACACACACACACACACACACACGCACACACACUUUGUGCCUGUUUUCUCUCAAAUGUUUAAAAAUAAAAACUUCUUUGGUCAAACUCUGA